AGACGAACAUUCAUAUGUCAGAAAAGUGAUCCCUUCUUUAAAGGUCGCCGUAGCAGGCGACACAAAAACAACAACAACAUUAUCGUUACGUAUAUUUUGUGUACGAAUCGUUCACGAAUCGACCUUGACAGUCAUUAAGACUGGAAUAUUGACAGACAUGGUGAAUGAGAAAUGAGCAAUAUAUCUUCUAUGGCUCUCAAGCAGGCAAAAGCUGCCUUAAGGGCGGAAUUGAAAGCCAGACUUGCAGCAAUGACGAAUGUAGAUCGGAAGCUUCAGUCAAAUACAAUAACUCAAAUGUUAACUUUGACACCAGAGUACCAAACCAGUAAGAGGGUAUGCCUGUACCUAAGUAUGCCAGAAGAGGUGAAUACUUAUGGCAUUAUGAAACAUGCAUUACAAAAUAAAGAAUGCUUUAUACCUCAAUACAUAGGGCCAGUGAUGAAAAUGGUCAAGUUAGAAUCUUUUGAAGAUUAUGAGAAAUUGCCAGAAACAAAAUGGAAAAUCAAGCAGCCUGCUGACUCAGAUAUCAGACCAGAUGCCUUAGAAACAGGGGGUUUAGACCUGAUUCUGCUGCCUGGACUAGGGUUCACGUUACAGGGAGACAGAUUAGGCCGAGGCAAAGGAUAUUAUGAUACUUACCUCCAAAAAUGUAAAGAAAAGGGAUUUAAUCCAAGAACAGUAGGGCUUGCCUAUAGCCAGCAAAUUUGUGAUAGUAUUCCAGUAUCAGAGACAGACCAAAAAGUGGACUUUAUUCUAACCCCUACAUAAGUUCAUAUAUAAGUUUUAGGAGUAUAUUUUAAAACUUUGUACAUGUAAUUAUUUAAAAUAAUGUGGAAACUUAGGGCAAUAUGUUUUAAUUAGCAAAUGAUAUUUUAAAAAGGAAACACUUUUUAGCUCGACUAUACGAAGUAUAUGGAGAGCUGUCCUACUCGCCCCGGUUUCCGCGUCCAGAUUUCAGAUUAAAGUUUUGGUGCAGUAAAAUAUUUAUCACUAUUACUUUGUCAUUUCUUAAGGUAUCAACUUCAAACUUCAAAUAUAUGUUCCUUAUCAUCAACCACAUCUCAUGUGAAAAGGUUCAUAACUCUGCACCAAUAUUUUCAGAUUUAUCUCCCCUUGAACUUAGAAUUUUCCUUAAAAAAUACUAUUUUUUACUGUUAUUUCUUUAUUACUUAAGGGAUCAACCUCAUACUUCAAAUAUAUGUACCUUAUCAUCAUUCCCAUCUUAUGUGACAAGGUUCAUAACUCUAGCACCAAUAUUUUCAGAUUUAUCUCCCCUUGAACUUAGAAUUUUUCUUAAAAAUUAUUAUUUUUUACUGUUACUUAUUUAUUUCUUAAGGGAUCAACUUCAUACUUUAAAUAUAUGUACCUUAUCAUCAUCCACAUCUUAGGUGACAAGGUUCAUAACUCUAGCACCAAUAUUGCAAGAAUUAUCUCCCCAUAAACUUAGACUUUUUUACUAUAAAAAUGUUAUUUUUUACUAUAACUUUUUUAGUAUAAAGGUAUCUACCUCAAACUUCAAAUAUUUAUUCCUUAUCAUCAAUAGCAUUUUAUGUGACAAUGUUCAUAACUCUUGAAGCAAUAUUUACAGAUUUAUCUCUCUUUGAACUUAGGAUUUUCUUUAAGAAAUUUUGUAACUUCUUUACUUUUUAAGGUAUCUUCUUCAAACUUCAAAUAUAUAUUUCUUAUCAUUACACACAUGUUGUGUGACAAGGUUCAUAACUCUAGCAUGACUAUUUCUAGAGUUAUUCCCCUUGAUCUUGGAAUUUAUGUUAACAAAUGUUGUUUUUUUACUAUAACUUAAUACAUAAUUAUACAUAAUUGAUUUUUCUUUCAUAGUUUUGUCCUCCUUACUGCAUCCAUUAAUUCAUUAGUCGAGCUUCGCUGUCUCCUGUGACAGCUCUUGUUUAAAUUAAAUAAUGUUAUUUCUGUAACAAAUUUAGGUUUGUAAUGUAUUAAUCAUGGAAUUUCUAGUGUUUUACAUUAUCAUAAGGAAAUUCAAUCUAAAACAACUUAUUUUAUAAAAAAAAAACAUGCAUGAAAGGGUAUAAAUCUAUUAAAGGCUAAUAUACCAUAAAUAUUAAAAAAAAUUAUCAAUACAGUACCCUUAUGGUCAGUUCUCAAAAAUUUUUAACAAAUAUUAACAUGUUAUUUUAUGCAUCUAAUGUUAUAAGUGGUUCGGAAACAAAAAUAUUCCGGUGCUAUUGAAGCGAGUUGAGCAAUAAAUUUUUCACUUUUGCUGCCUACUUUCAUGUUAGGUUAUCUACACUGCCAAAUAUCAUAUGAUAAACCAGUAUAUCGAAUAUUGAUCAUUUUGUAUCAUCAAUACAAAUAUUUGAUUCUUACCAAUAUACAGCCCUAUUUAUUGUAGUAAGAUGAUGAUUAUUAUUAUUACACAAUUAUUCUGCUGAUUUUGAAAGCCUAUUCAUAGCUUAAUGUACUUUUAAAAACUUUUUUUCUGAUACAUCCAACUAUAUUGUGGUAUGGUGUUUGUCUGUCCAUCUGGAUGUCCAGCCACAUUGUUGUUUACACAGUAACUUGAUUACACUUAAUAAGGUGUGCUGUUUUAAGGUCAAAAGUGACAUUUGUUGUAAAUUCCAAGUCUGCUUGAUUUUUGGUGUAAAAUCUUUUUAUGCUCAAUAACUUGAGAAGCACAUAACCACGAUUAAUUUUAUAAUAAGUCAAAGGUCCAGGUACAAGGGACACUUAAUGGAAAAUUCAUGUCAGCUCAGAUGUUGGUUGUGAUAUUACCCAUGGUCAUUAGAUGACCCCUAUUCAUUUUGAGGUAUAAAGUCAUAAGAACAAGGUAACAGUUAACAGUAGCAGUUAAGUGGGAAAAUGUUCAUCUAUUUCAAUUUUGUACCCCCUAAUAGUGUUUAAAAUCCAAUAAUCUUUUGUAAUUUUUUUCCCAUGCUUUCAUGGCAGUUUUGGUUUUACCUGCAACAGUUUUCUUUUGUGUUUUUAGCUCACCUGUCACAAAGUGACAGGGUGAGUUUUUGUGAUCGCUUUUCGUCCGUCCGUCUGUCCGGCGUCCGUUAACUUUUACUUUAAAUGACAUCUCCUCAUAAACCACUUAGCCAAUUUCAUCCAAACUUCACAGGAGUGUUCCUUUGGUGGUCACCUUUAAAAAUUGUUCAAAGAAUUUAAUUCCAUGCAGAACUCAGUGGUUGCCAUGGCAACCGAAAGAAAAAACUUUAAAUAUCUUUUAAAAAACCCAAAGAGCUAAAGCUUAGAUAUGUGGCAUGAAACAUCUUCUAGUGAGUGUCUACCAAGUUUGUUCAAAUAAAAGCCCUGGGGUCAAAAUUGGCCCCGCCCCAGGGGGUCAUUUAUUUUCCGUAUAUACAUAUAGUAAAAAAUUUAAAAAUCUUCUUUUAAAGAUUCCAAAGAGCUAGAGCUAAGAUAUUUAGCAUGAAACAUCUUCUAAUGGGUGUCUACCAAGUUUGUUCAAAUAAGAGCCCUGGGGUCGAAAUUGGCCCCACCCCGGGGUUCAUUGAUUUUCCUUAUAUGUGUAUAGCAAAAACUUAAAAAUCUUCUAUGAAAAACCCAAAUAGCUAGAGUUAAGAUAUUAAGCAUGAAACAUCUUCUAGUGAGUGUCUACAAAGUUUGUUCAAAUAAAAGCCCCGGGGUCAAAAUUGGCCCAGCCCCGGGGGACAUUGAUUUUCCUUAUAUAUGUAUAGCAAAACCUUAAAAA